AUCACUCCUACCACCACGGCUACUCUAUUUCUUUCUCCUCCGGUAGACCACAGUGCACACAUCAUCAGCGUGCUCCUCAAGCUCGAGCUCGUGCUGACAUGGAGGUCGACCACCAGCGGUUGUCGUUCCUCAUGGAAGCCACCUCCAUCACCAGCAACGACGGGUCACCUCCCGCCUCUGCAGGAGACGCCGGCGACCACAGUGCAGGCUGCGAGUUCAUGGGGACGCCUGUCGCGUGGCCGGCGUUGGAACCCCAGGGGAGCUCCAGUGGUUCACGCAGUGCGCCGGACUCGCCGCUCAUCGGGGUGCGGAAGCGGCCGUGGGGCAAGUACGCCGCCGAGAUCCGGGAUUCCACCCGCAACGGCGCCCGUGUUUGGCUUGGCACUUUCGACACUCCGCAUGCCGCCGCGCUCGCCUACGACCAGGCCGCCUUCUCCGUGCGCGGCCCGGCCGCCGUGCUCAACUUCCCUGUCAAGGUUGUGCAGGAGUCGCUGCGAGCGCUCGGCAUCGGCGGGGCCGCCGCCGCGGGGGACUCGCCUGCUCUGGCGCUCAAGCGCCGGCACUGCAUCCGGAAGAGAAAUCCCAAGAACAAGAGGAGGACGGGCUCGGCGACGGCGGCAUCGGGGGCCGACGCUGCAUCGUCAUUGUCAACGUGCGUGCUGGAGCUGGAGGACCUUGGAGCCGACUACCUGGAGGAGCUGCUCACCUUGUCCGAUCUGUGAGCCACCGCACCACCGCUCUCAUCCUAUAUGUAUGUGAUAGUCCGUCGUGGUGAACCGAGCCGACAGCUCCUGCCGUUUCUUUUCAUGAGAGGGACACCGUGUCAUGCAGAGGUAGCGGCGAGCUAUCGCAUCCGGCCGUUUUACAUUGCUGCGGUGUCCACCAUCGACAUCCAUGUUUGUAAAUGAUGAGAACAGUGCGUCGCUCUGUUGGUUAGCUUUGCGGGAGCACAGGCAACCAUUGUUUUCAAUUUCAGUUUCAACAAAAUUUCAGCACCAACUGAAAUCACUGAAAUUCAGUGAAAUUCAGUUAUUUCAGUUUG